AUGCCCACCCUCAUCAUGAUCCUUCCCUGUCCCCUCAGGAUCCCUCUGCAAAAAGGGAAGUCACUGAGGAGGGCCCUGAAGGAGCGUGGGCUGCUGGAGGACUUGCUGAGGAAACACCGGCAUGCAAUUGGCAGGAAGUAUUAAUUUGGGGAGGCGGCCAGCGAGCCUGUGACCAACUACCUAGACAGUCAGUACUUUGGCAAGAUCUACAUUGGGACCCCACCCCAGGAGUUCACCACGGUCUUUGACACAGGUUCCUCAGACCUCUGGGUUCCCUCUGUCUACCGCAACAGUGAUGCCUGCCGUGAAAACCGCCAUCUCUUUGGCCUAUCGAAGUCCUCCACCUUCCAGAACCUGGGCCAGUCCCUGUCCAUUCAGUAUGGCACAGGCAGCAUGCAGGGCUUUCUGGGCUAUGACACUGUCACCGUCUCCAGUGUUGUGGACCCCCGCCAGACUGUGGGCCUGAGCACCCAGGAAUCUGGCAACAUCUUUGCCUACUCUGAGUUUGACGGGAUCCUAGGGCUGGCCUAUCUGUUUCUUGCCUCUGAGUACUUGGUGCCCAUGUUUGACAACAUGAUGCACAGGCACCUGGUGGCACAGGACCUGUUCUCGGUUUACCUGAGCAGCAUCGCCAUCGCCAGCAUGGUGGUGGCCUGUGAUGGCAGCUGUCAGCCUGUCCUGGAAUCGGGCACCAUCCAGCUGAUCGAUGUCCUCGACAUCCAGCAGGCCAUGGGGGCCACACAAGGCCAGUGUGGCCAGCUUGACGUUGACUGCGGGAGCCUGAGCAGCAUGCCCACGGUGGUCACUGGGAUCCAUGGCAGGCAGUACCCAUUGCCUCCCUCUGCUUAUACGAGCCAGGACCAGGGUUCCUGCUUCUGUGGUUUCCAGGGUGACGAUAAUUCCCAGCAGUGGGUCCUGGGGAAUGUGUUCAUCCAGGAGUAUUACAGCACCUUUGACAGGGCUGACAAGCAUGUGGGGUUGGCCAAGAUGAAUGGACUGAUGGACAGGCUGGUGCAGAAGGUGCUGCGUGGAUACUUUGAUCUCUGGCGGCAGCCUGGCUGUGGAUCUGGACUGGGUUUCAAGGAUUUCUUUGGCCCCAAGAGGGAGAGGAAGAGCAUUCUACAGCCCACGGAGUGCUUCCUGGUGAAGGCCAGUAGGCACCUGUGCAUGUGUUUCCUGAGCCUCUUUCUCUCCUUUGACCACUUAGACCUCUGUGUCUUCCUCCCUGACCUCCAGAGGGGCCACCUGGACCUCACUAGCCUCCAGCAAGCUGUGAAGGCUCCCCCGGAUGAUAAGAAAUGA